AUGGCUGCAGAAUUUGUCCCCUUAGCAGUAGCUAGAGAGGGAAGGGAAUCCCAACUGUACUCAAAGACAAGUGGAGCUAGAUUGAUAGCAGGAUGUGUACCAUUAAAUGAAGCCAAAGACAAAGUUAUCAUGAUCUCUUCCUCCAAGCAUAAAGAUAGGUGGAUCUUGCCGAAGGGAGGCAUUGAAAAAGAUGAAGAAGACGACUACAGAAAUACAGCUCUCAGAGAAACUUGGGAAGAAGCUGGAAUUUUCGGAGAAAUCACCAAGAAGUUGAAGGUUGUCUUCGAUCAUCGUUUCCAAAAAGGAAGCGGUGACUUGAAGGAAAAGGAUCUCGAUAUUGAUGGUGAACGUAUUCCAAGAUCAGAGUUUCACCUGUAUGAAAUGAUUGUAAGAGAACUCUCCCAAGAAUGGCCAGAGUCUGCCAAACGUGAAAGGAAAUGGUGCACAUACUCUGAGGCAAAACAUGAAUUGACCAAAUCCAAGAGAUGGGAGUUGCUAGAUGCUUUGAAUGACUCUAGUAUUGAAAAAGAUGUACAAAGUGUGUUCAUCGAUCAAAAGGGAAACCAUAAGGAUGCUGCAAUUCAUUCAGAUCACUAUUGA